CACCGCACAAGCGAACCGCCAACGGCCCGUUUCUUACUUCUUGGCUUUCUUGACUCCACUCGUCAUUAUCUCCAUCUUGUCAGCCUCUACAGAUCUUCGCUCCUCUCAUCUCAUCCACUCAUCCAAUCUUCCAUGCUUUGACUGCCAUUCAGCGAGGCGUCAUGCCCUCCAACAUCGAAGCGAAAUCACGACGCCAGCCCUUCGAGAGGGAGGGCAGUACCGUGCAGAUACCGUCCCUCUCAGCACUCACAUCCUCGAGUAGCCCAAUGGCGCACUCGCCCAAGAGCAUCAAGACCUCUCUGCCCGACACAGCAUCGGCAGGACCGCUCUCAGAGCCUCCUCGUGGAUCAGUCACCCAGCGGCGCUACCGUCGAGGAAGCGCGGCGACUCAAGACACAAGUUCCUCCACGUCGUCCUCGCUGAGGCAGAGGGCGUCUAACGUGCUGGCAACGGCUGUCGGUACUGCGGUCGAGGCGCCGCCGGCAUCUGUCACGCAUGUCGUGCUUGGACGAAGCUCAUCAGACGUAAUUGAGCCGGAGCCAGAGGAUCUGGGAGAUGGGAUUGGUGUCGAUGACAAAGAGACAACCAAGGGAGAGUCGCCAUCUGAAGACGAAGCUGAGAAAAGCCCGAAGCAGCCUCGUGGACGCUUCACCAAGCUUCAGUCCUCUCUACGGCGUCGCACUCUCUGCUCUCCGCACCUCAUCCUCCCCCUCCUUACCCUCUUCGGUAUCGUCCUUUCCCUGGAUCGUCUCCUCUCCUCCUCCCUCCAGACCCUAGCAGCCAACAGCCUCUCCGCCCACUCCUCCCUAGCCUUCCUCUCCAUCCUCCGCUCAAGCAUAGCGGCACUGGCGGGCCCGCCUUUUGCCGUACUGGAGAGCAAGGCGGGCGGAGGGUGGGCAUGGGGGAUCGGUGCAGCCCUCUAUGUCCUUGGACAUGUCGUGUCUGCCACGACGGGCGUGUCAGGAAGUAAGGGAGGCAUAGCUCAGUACGCUCUAGGCGUUUCACUCCUCGAGCUUGGGGCAAAUGGAGUCCUCGUCCUUCAGCAAUCUCUCGUAGCCCGCAUUACCACGCCGCGCGAUCGCGCCUUGGGCAACCUGCUGCCGCAGUUCAGUUUCGUGGUCUGGGCAUUCGUGAGCGCGGAUAUAUUCGCGGGAUUGGACGGGAAAUGGAGGUGGGGCGUAGGACUUUUCGCUAUUGCGGGUGCGAUUGUGCUGGGACCGAUCGUCGGGGUGGUGGGGUGGGGGGAGAGGGAGCAGAGGGAGGUGAGGAGGCGGGGAUCGUUGACGCCCAGGGAAGAGGGGACGAGUGAGGAUCAAGCUGAAGGCAAAAAUGUGGCCAUUGCGACGGUCGCCGCCUCGAGCUCCACCCAGGAUCUCGCAACGCCUCUCCAUCGCGGUCGCCUCCGUCGGCUGUUAGCCUCUCUCCACUUCCUGAUCAUCGCAGCCGAUCUGCCUGGCCUCCUCCUCCUCAGCUCUGCAACCCUCGGCAUCCUCCUCCCAAUCACCCUCGCAGGCCAAUCCACCACCACCUCCCGCUGGCUCGAACCGCAACUCCUCGUCCCGCUCCUCACUUCCACCUUCCUCCUCCUACCAGCCCUCAUCUACUGGGAGCUCCGCCUCUCCCCGCAACCGCUCCUGCCGCGGUCCCUCCUGACCUCGCGCACCUUCCUCCUUGCCUCACUAGCCCAGCUCACCAUCUUCGCAGCCGUAGGGUGCAUGGGUACCUACCUCCCAACGUACCUCUACGUAGCCAAGCACACCACCGCAAAGACGCAACAAAACGUCUCGUCCAUCUUCAAUUUCUGCUACGCGCUUGCGAGCCUGCCAUUUGCCAUUGCUGUGCGAUACUGGCGCAGAGCCAAGGGCAUCAAUGUGAUGGGAGCCGGGCUUUUCACGGCGGGCGUAGGGGUGAUGAUCUGGACCAGCUCGAGCGCUACGCCCCUCUUUGGCACGAUUGCCGGAUUGGUGGUCACAGGAGUCGGGGCUGCCGCUAGCGUUGCCAUCAUACCAAGCGUAGUGCAGGUAGAGGUGCAGAGGAGGCAGGUUCGGGCGCUGCAGGAGGCGCAAUCAGCUUCGAAGGGCAUUGCAGCCUCGACGACGCUCAUCCGCCAAGAUGACCACGUAGUCAAGGCAGUCGCAGCGCUGAAUAUUGCCAACUGCCUCGGCUCUGCUCUUGGCGCCGGAGUGGCCGGAACCAUCUGGACCUCCUUGAUGCGUGACUACCUCGCCACCUCCUUGUCAGCCGUCUCGAGCGGCUCGGCGGACGAGGUCAACGAGGUGUACGCCCAGCCGCUGACAUGGAUCGCGUCCCAUGCGGUGGGCACGGGAGAGAGGAUCGCCGUGGUGGACGCCUACGAUAAGGUGUGGAGGAUCAUGCUGAUCGCAGCGACGGCGCUUGCUGUACUAGGAGUUGCGGGUGUGGUGGGAAUGCCGGCGCUAAAGUUGGGCGAUGCUGCGGAGGACGGGGGAGACGAAGGGUCUGAGAAGCAGUCCACUGAAGCUGAGAGUAGCGAGAGCGGGGAAGGCCUGCUCUGCUUUGUCCAUUCGGCCUGGCGCCGACUGACGGGAGCAGCGAGGUAGCUGCAGACAGACCCAAUUGCCCAUGUACUGGUAUUUUAUGAUGUGUCCAUAUGGCGUGCUGUCUCCCGGCUGCCUCUAAUCGAAGAUCAAGUCACCAUGUUGUAGCUGUCGGCCCGUUACGCUGCUGCAAUCGUCGGUGCAGUGUUGCCUGCCUCGUCGUUGACGGCCUUGACAGCGACGGUACCUUGCAUCGUCGAGCUGCCCCAAUACAGUCUCCUCUCACAGUCGCCAACCAGCCACUUCA